GCGGCGGCCGGGCGCACGGAGAGCCGCCUCGUCUCCUUCCAGUACGUGCCGCUGCUGCUGCAGGGCGGCGCCCCCUGGGGCUUCACCCUCACGGGCGGGCUGGAGCACGGCGAGCCGCUCCUCGUCUCCAAGAUUGAGGAUGGCGGCAAGGCAGCCCUCUCCAGGAAGAUGCGGACUGGGGAUGAGCUGGUGAACAUUAAUGGCACUCCUCUGUAUGGCUCCCGGCAGGAGGCCCUCAUCCUCAUCAAGGGCUCCUACAGGACGUUGAAGAUGAUCAUCCGCAGGAGGAACGUGCCCGUCAUCAGGCCCCAUUCAUGGCACCUGGCUAAGUUUUCAGAGGUCCGGAAUGAGUCUGCCACCAUGCACUGUCCCUCGGAUGCCUUCAGUCUGUCUUGGCACUCAGGAUGUGAUGCCAGUGCUCUGUCUCUGCAGUGGAACCAGAUCUCUCGCCAUUGCAGCACUGACAAAAGCAGCUCCAUUGGGAGCAUGGAGAGCCUGGACCAGCCCAGCCAGGCCUACUACGAAGGCCAUCUCUCCCCAAUUGACCAGAGCUUGUACCAGAACAAGAGGGACUCAGCCUACAGCUCCUUCUCAGCCAGCUCCAACGCCUCGGACUAUGCCCUGUCAUUGCGGCCUGAGGAGACCUCCUCCACCGACUCCAUCCUCCAGGGCUUAGGCCCCUGCAAGCACCACGAUGGGCGCUACUUGCAGACAGGCACAGAUGGGGCCGAAUCCCCAGGCAGAGCUGGCUUGCACCAGCUAGGUGGCCACCCAGCACCCAACUCCAGACCAUCUUCUUGCCCUCACGAGAGCAACUUCUCAAGCUCUUCUAAAGCACCCAUCCCACCCCAGCCCCCCACAAGGAGAGACAGCCUUCGGGUUUCCAACCCGCAGCCACCUGGCAUAGACAAACGUCGUGCGUCUGCCCCACCCAACUCCAUGCAGCUCAAAGGCCGGUGGACCUCAGACACCUUCCUGUCGCUGCAUGACAAAGAGCACGAGGGGCCCUGUGGUCAGGCUCUGGGGAUGUGCCCAGGCUACCCAAAGGAGCGUCUUUCGGCUGACCAGUACUACAUGCUGAGCUCCCACCCAGACAGGCAGCAGCGCACCACCGAGCAGCUUAUGGGAGAGAGCUUGGAGCAUCCACAAGGGAUGCAUGGGCUGUAUCAGGACAGAAGUGCCAUGGCGGAGGUAACAGCCAAUGGUGAUCUGCCCCCUUCUCCUUGGAAAGGGCACAUGGCUCACCGGCACAGUGCCCCUGAGCAACUUCUGGCAUCCCAGCUGCACUCUCUGGAAGUAGCCAGUGACAGCCAGGACUCCCAGGUGCUGCCUGUUCAGGAUGGGCACCAGUGGACUGUGUCCCCUUUGCACUCAGAGCAGCAGAGCCCAAUCUGGUGCCCCCUGGCUGCCAAAGACCCGCCCUGUGGUGACCCAGCUGUGGCCAAGGAGUGGGCUAAUGACCAUGCUGCAGAAUCCCAGUGCUCUGCAGGCUCAGCCCAGGAUGCGGGGCAUUGCCAGUCACCCUACAGGUGUUCCCCAGAGCCAGAGAGGCCAUGUGGUGAGCCAGGGGAGCCAGCUGCUCUGCAGUGGUCUGCCAGCCUGAUGCCUGGCUGCAGUAUUGAGAUGCUGGCAAGAGAGGGGAAAGAGCAUGAGAAAAGCAAGCCAGCCAAUAGAAAGAUGGGCCCCUCCCAUCACCGCUCAGCUCAUAUGCGGCGAAGGAAUGAGCGCUUUGCCACCAAUCUGCGCAAUGAGAUCCAGAAGACAAAAGCCCAGCUCCAGAAAAGCAAGGGCUCCUCAACCUUGCUGCACGGGGAGGAACUGGUGGAAGAGACUGAGCCCUCCAAGAGCACCCCCUCCAGGCCGGCGUCCCCUAUUGCCCCUGCACCCUCUCCCCCUGUGCAAAGCCAAGUGCCCAGCCCAGGAGACAGGAGCUCAACCAGCAUGGCUCGAGCCAGACCAGAGCCCCUCAAUCCCAAGCCAGAUGUGGCGUCUACUGAGGAGGCCAACAGGAGCCCCAGGCACCUGACAGACAGGAACAUCCCAGUGCCAGAGCCUGUGAGGAAGGGCCCCUGCCCACCUCCUCCUGACAAGGAGAAGCCAAUGGCCCUGGCAGGCCGGCGCCGGUGGAAGUGGUCUCCGGAGCACAAGCUGCAGCCUCACCUGCCUCAGGACUCCCCAAGCCCUCAUGAGACUGAGGUGUAUACCAAGGGCCCAGAUGCCCCAGUAUCCCCACCACGGCUGCCCGAGGAUGCUGUCCUCCUGCCCUUUGCUGACAGGAGAAAGUUUUUUGAAGAGAGCAGCCGGUCUGUCCCUGGAGCCCACCACCCUGGCUGGCAUAGGAAGCUAGCUAGCUUCCGGCCCAAAGCAGCAGAGUCCAACACCUUCCAGCCUGUGGAUGUGGAGCGCUGGGACCUGCGGCGCCACUCCAUGGACCAGUCCUACACACCACUCUCACCCGGGAAGCAGAAUGCUGCUGCCUGCCCUGAAUGCUGCCUGGACUCCCCUGUGUGCUACAAGCCUGUCACACGGCACAGAGACUUUGAAUACCUCCGGGCCUUUCCUUACACCUGCACUGUGCCAGGGCCAGUGCUUCAUGAGCCCUGCCAUUACUGCUCUAGGGACAUGUGCCCUGGCUUGGUCCCCAGGAACAUGCAGACCACCCACCAUGGUUACCACUGCCACCCCCACCCAUGGGCACAUUGCUCUGAUUGCUGCUGCCCAUCCUCACACAAGGUCAUAGAGGAGAGUGAGCCCUGGCCUCUGCAAAAGAGCUUCAUUCCGGAAUUUCCUCUGGACGAAUGGGAGCCCGCAGCGAUAAACAGGAAGGCCAGCCAGUCAGUGAGCGAACUGUCGCACUACAAGAUCAGCUUGCAGAAGGGGGGGCCGUUCCAGCCCUGCUUUGAGAGCUCUGAGCAAGAGUGGCCCAAGUGCUACCGGGCCACGUCCUCCCUAGACCUCUCUUGGGACGGUGAUCAAGCUGCACAAGGGCAGGAGAGCCCAGCUUAUGAGGAGAGCCUGCCAGAGCUGCUGCAUCGCCCACUCCGUGGACGGGCAUUCUCCGAAAGCCACCUCAACAUAGAGCCUCCAAGUCCCAGGCGCAUGGAGAGAAGAGACAUCCCCUCAGCUAAGCUAGAUGCGACUAGGCCAGAGCCUCCAUGUCCAACCAGAAAGAAAGGGCCACCCCCUCCACGACCCCCACCCCCCAACUGGGAGAAGUACAGGACUCGCCGGACAUCCCAUUACCACGUCUACCCUCCUGAAUCUUCAGGGUCCAUCUCAGCCUUCACAGCAGUGCCCUUGGAGCAGUCCCACCAGCAAAAUCGAAGCUCUGUAGAGGCAGCAAGGCAGCGUUCCCAGAGCUUGCCCCUAGACAAGCACCAUGGGGACUCAGCCAAGCCUCCAGCCCCCUCACAGUGUCGAGUGCAGUUCACCCCACCUCAGGAAUCUACCAUCCCCACAGGCACUGGGCAGCCCCCAGAGCAGGGGAGCCACCACUAUUACUGCCCCAGCUCACUAUGGAGGACACCAGAGCUCCCAGGGCUAGAUGUGGGCACCAGAGACUCUCCUAGGCCAGAUGGGUUCUCAGAGGAGGGAGUGAAGGCAAAGACCCAGUGGGAUAAGGGAAGGCCUAUGAAGGAUGAGCAGUACCAAGUGAUCAGCUGGGGCCACGAGCAGCCACGGCCCAGCCCCCCCAGCCUGGCCCCCAAGGAGAUGGAGUCAGCCCCGGAGAACGUGGAGCUGGAGACCUGUCGGCUGGGUGUAACAAGCAGGCAGCACCCCUGCCGCAUGGACUCAGAGGAGCUGAUGCGAGAUGUGGCUGGCAGGGACAGCUCCCUGGCCAGUGUGUUGACCCCAGCUGCCAGCAUGGUGACGACAGCCAAGGUCAUGGGUGAGCUCUUCUCGGCGGGGGAUCAGCAGGCAUGGAAGGACCAACGCCAGCAGGACUGGCUGCUGGAGAAGCAGGGGGAGGCAGUGGCCCAUGAAAGGCAGGAGUUUCAGCCCAUCUCGCCUCCCCCAGGUGGGGCCAUCAGCCCCACCUCCUACUCAGCGUAUUAUAACACCUCGGCGGGCAAGGCUGAGUUGCUGAACAAAAUGAAAGAGCUGCCAGACACAGCAGAGGGGACCUCUGAGGAUGAGGAGGUGGAUCAUGAGCUGGCACAGAAGAAGGCACAGCUCAUCGAGAGCCUCAGCAGGAAGCUGUCAGUGCUGCAGGAGGCGCAGCGGGGCCUGCAGGAUGACAUCAGUGCCAACACGGCACUGGGUGAAGAAGUGGAAAGCCAGCUCAAGGGUGUCUGCAAGCCCAAUGAGCUGGACAAGUUUCGCCUCUUUGUCGGGGACCUGGACAGAGUGGUCAACCUGCUGCUGUCUCUCUCGGGCCGCCUAGCACGUGUGGAGAAUGCGCUCAACAGCCUGGGCCCUGAGGCCACUGAGGAGGAGAAGGUAGCACUGAUUGAAAAGAAGCGGCAGCUCUCAGAGCAACUGGAAGAUGCCAAGGAGCUGAAGGAGCACGUGGGCCGCCGGGAGCGGGUUGUGUAUGAGAUUGUGUCACGCUACCUGCUGGAUGAGCAGCUACAGGACUACCAGCACUUUGUCAAGAUGAAGUCUGCCCUCCUCAUUGAGCAACGGGAGCUAGAGGAGAAAAUCAAGCUGGGGGAGGAGCAGCUUAAGUGUCUCAGGGAGAGUCUCCUGCUGGGCCCCAAAGAGUGUUAGUGCCCUGGCCUGCCCAGCAGCUGCAGCUGCCUUCUCAUGGAUGAUGCCAACAGGACCUAGAGCAGAGGUGGGGCAUAAUUGUGCCCUGCUGGCCACUGCAGUCUCCCAGAUUAUGGCCUCGGAGAAUGGCUUUGAGGCUGGUGUUCCCAUCUCAGAACAUGCACUAAUUCUGCAGGAGACUUAAGUGCCUUCUGGCUGGCUGCCAGGACCAGUUGGGCCCUGGUUACCAAUCAGUGAGUUCAGAAAAGACCUUGGACAUCCCCAAGAAUUCCAAGUCCUGAGGCCCCUGGGGUGCGGCUAUGCCAGCCAUCUCCCAUCAUUGGCCUGUCAGGAACCUGUUGGGUCACAGGUGCCAUCUCACCAACACCAGGAACAGAGAGGAUCUGUACUGCAGGAGUUCUGCCAGGCCUGUGAGUACCCACCCACCUCCACUGGAGAGCAUACAGGGAUUUCUGGAGCUGAACUGGAAGGGAACCUGAUGACAUGGUCUCUUGAACACCCCAAAAGGAUGUUGCUUUAGCCUUCCCAGCCUUUGCCAAAGUGUGUGGCAGACACAGCUGUGAGCCAGGGAACCCAAGGGACUGAUGCUUGCUUCCUGUCAACCAUCCUGCCGCAGGAGCCCUUGUCUGCAUGAACAUCCCAGCCACAGGCCUAGAUGGCACUGCCAGCCAAGCACCAAGCCUGCAGGCAGCACUACCAAAGUGGAUCUUGUCCUAGUGACUGGUGUCUGGUCCUCUCUACACCUGUGCCUGCGCUUGCAUGUGGGAGUGUGGCUGGGGGGCAGGGGAUCCUUCUGAAAUGUUAUUUAUUUUUAUAUGUUAAGUUGCUUCUUAGCCAGUGAGGAGGGCAGGGUGCGGGGCAUAGCCACAGCUGGAGCAUCUGCCCAGAGCCUGCUGUCCUGGUCAGCCCUGCCUCUGGGGAUGGGAUCCAGUCUGGGCUUGCUGGAUGGAGGGAGCCCAGAUGAGCUCUUGAGAAGUCAGCAGCAGAGACAAGAAUUGCUCUUCCUCAGUGCUCCCAGGUAAGGAUGGCACAAGGCUUUCAGAUCACCUUCCCUUCCAGCCAGGUUCAACACCUCCCUGUCCUCCACAGGGGACUGUUCCCUGUGCCCUCUAGCCCAAGGCCCUGCCCCUUGCAGUAGGCUCCUCUGUGCAGGCUGUUCAGAGUCCAUUCUGGCAGGGCACAAGAAUCCAGGUCAGAUCCAUCA